ACGUCUUAAUCAUCCGCACACUUUCACAAAUGCCGUACCCCACAUAUCACACACACAACAUCUAUACUCAGUAGCAUACGGUUCAAUUAAGCAAAAAAAAGAUGUCGGAUGUGCAAGAUACACUCCUAAUUGGAGCAGAGGCAGUCAAGAAAACCAUCCUGCAUGGAGGAACUGGAGACAUCCCCAAAUUCGUCGCUGGAGCCAAGGUGACGUUCCACUUCCGAACCCAGCUGUGUGAUGAUGAUCGUACAGUGAUAGAUGACAGCAAAGUAGUGGGGACGCCCAUGGAGAUUGUUAUUGGCAACAUGUUUAAAAUAGACAUCUGGGAGACUCUGUUGUCCUCCAUGAGGAUUGGGGAGGUGGCGGAGUUCUGGUGUGACAUCAUUCACACUGGCGUUUACCCACUCGUGUCCAAGAGUAUGCGACGCAUUGCUGAAGGCAAAGACCCAGUGGAGUGGCAGAUCCACACGUGUGGUAUGGCAAACAUGAUGGUCUACCACAGCCUUGGCUAUGACGACCUGGAUGAGCUGAUGAAGGAGCCAAAGCCACUGUACUUUAUCAUGGAGCUGAUCAUGGUGCAGCAGCCCAGUGAGUAUAAUAGAGAGACGUGGGCUCUGAAUGAUGAGGAGAGGCUGAAGAUAGUACCGGUGCUGCACGGCCAGGGAAAUAAACUCUACAAACAGAAACGAUAUGAAGAAGCCACGCAGAAAUACAAGGAGGCCAUCAUCUGCAUCAAGAAUGUUCAGACGAAGGAGAAAGCCUGGGAAGUCCCAUGGCUGAAGCUGGAGAAGAUGGGAAAUACUUUAACGCUUAAUUACUGCCAGUGUUUACUCUGCAUGGAAGAGUAUUACGAAGUCAUCGAGCACACGACAGACAUUAUCAAUCAGCACCCAGGUGCGGCAAAGGCCUUCUACCUGCGAGGGAAGGCCCACAAGGAGGUGUGGAACGAGGCGGAGGCUCGGCAGGACUUCAGCAGGGUGCUGGACCUUGACCCUGGCAUGAAGAAGGCUGUCAAGAAGGAGCUGGCGGUGCUGAGCAUGCGCAUGGAGGAAAAGAACCAGGAGGACAAGAACACGUAUAAAGGCAUGUUUUGACCAGCGGACAUGUAAAUGUUACUGACUGCAGAUGAGCAGAGAUGUUGUUUCCCAGUGUUGAUCGCUUCACUGCAACUCUGUCCAGGUACAGAUCUGGAGACCAUCAAGAUGUGUGAAUAACAAAACAAAAAAAUAUCAAAUAAAAAACAUCUGGCAAAUUAAACAAGGUAGAUAUAUAAAUGGUUUUUAUUUCCUUUUAUUUCCUUUUAUAUUGUUCUAUUUUUCCUGUCACCUAUAACUGAGAACUGUUCUUUUAAGGACACCUGGCGGAUUUGUCGUUGCACAUAACCGGCUGUUUGUAUUGUUUUUCUGUGUUAAUAAGAUGUAAACAUUGCAACAUAAAGAUAAAAAAUACUAAUACUGAAAGUCAUUACUGUGAGACUGAUUGAAGUUAUGUUCAAAGAAAGUCAUAAUGUAUUUCCAUAACUGGCUAAACGGUUUUGCUUUGUACAACUCUAUGUCCAAAAAAGUGUAGACCAAAAAAAAAUGAAUAUUAGAAUAUUAAAUAAACACUUAAAAUCCCUU